AUGGUACCCACCAAAGACGAAGAUAUCAUCGCCGCCGCCGAAAGGUUAGACGAAGAAACCGAGGAAGCGGUACCACCAGAAGAACCUGUCACGGGAUUCAAAUCGAAAUGGGAAAGUGUCACGGGUUUCUUCUCGAAAUGGAGAAAUUUAUUGGAUCGAGAAACCUACCCCGGCUCCAUACUCUUCAACCUAGGAGCCUUCAUCCUCCCCGCACUCUACUCCACCCUCAGCAAACUAUGGGUCGCCAACAUCGAUUCCAGCCAAGUAGUCACCACAGACAUAUACACCUACAUCGGCGUAAUAGUCGAAGUCUUAAACGAAGGAAUCCCCCGCUCCGUCUGGGUCAUCAUAGCCGAUGAAUCCAACCGAAACCUUCAAUCCCGUCUAUCCCUCACCUACACCCUAAUAUCUUUCCAAAUCCUACUCGGUACCCUCCUCAUGAUAAUUUUCCUCUCAAGCGCCGAACAUCUCGCUGCAGCUUUUGUCCCAGAAGUCGUCAGACAUGCUAGUCUGACAUAUGUGAGGAUAUCGUCGGUUCAAGCAUUAUCGAGCGCGAUGAGCACCGCGGUGGCGAAUUCAACCAGAGCGUUGGAUCAUCCAGAUGUGCCGUUGUUGAUUAGUACAGUGCAGUUUGCGGUUAAUAUUUUAUUGGAUUUACUGAUAAUUUCUCGGUUUCAUGUGGGGAGUUUUACUCCGACGAUUAAUACACAAGCGUUGAUUAGGAUGGCGUGUGAUCUUGCUUCGGCGGGUUGUGGUUUGGGGUAUUUCUUUUAUAUUGCUUGGGAAAUGCAACGUUCUUCUACCUCUAAUUCGUCCACAUCGUUACUAGAAACCGACUCCCCUUCUUCUCCAUCCACACCAGAAUCCUCACCCUCACAUCCAGCCUCACCCCUACCCUCACCUCCCCCCAAAAUAACCCUCUCAGCCCUAAAAACUCUCUUCAAACCCGGAAAAUGGACAUUCCUUGAAUCCGCCCUCCGCAACGCCAUCUACCUCUGGCUCAUCCAUAAUAUCGUAUCAAUGGGUCUAGAUUACGCUACUGCAUGGGGUAUAUUCAACAAUAUUCGCUGGGGCAUCAUCAUGGUACCUGUCAACGCCUUGGAAGCUUCGACAUCGACAUUUGUAGGUCAUGCAUGGGGAGCAUGGAGGAAACGUGUUGGACUUGAAACCAAGAAACCAAAGGCUGAGAGGGAGGAUAUUCUGAAAAUCAUCCACCCCGCCCUCCUCUCCUCCCUCCUAGCCCUCCUUCUCGAAAUACCCCUCUGCAUCUUCCUCUCCCUCUGGGGCAUCAAAUCCCUCUCCUACUACCUCUCCUCCUCACACACCGUCGCCGCCAUCACAGAACACAUGUGGCGCACCAUCGACUGGUGCUACAUAUUCUACGCCGUCACAACACAACUUGCCGCUAUCCUCCUAGCAACAAUCCCGAAAUUAUAUUGGGUGCAAAGUCUGGGAAGUAAUCUGUUGUGGAUGUUACCGUGGGCGAUAGCGGUAAGUAGGAUUCGUAUGGAGGCGGGGAAUGCGUGGAUGUUUCAUGGGAUUAUUUUUGGGGGGGCGUUGGUGUUUGAUUUUGUUAAUGUGGCGGUUGUGUUGGGGUGGUGGUGGUGGGGGUUGAGGAGGGGGAGGUUGGGGGUUGGUGCUGUGGCAGUGGGCUAG